AUUAGUCAUGUAAAAACCUUACUCUGCUUAUUUUAAUCGGCGAAAGUUAAAAUGGAAGUAAGCAUACGCUGAUUAAACACCUGGUUUUCUAAGCAAUCUUUCAAAUUAUUAAGACAUGUUUGGGGAAGCCUGAUUUACCGUGGAGCAAUUACAAGUUGCGAAAACCCUAUAUUAAAAAUAAGCAGAUAACAGCAUGCCAAAAGUGCGGUCGCUGUCCGAGGCGAAAUUACGCGCAUACAAGGCUGUUUUUGGUUUCACUUCCUCAAAGAACCAGUACUGUGAUCAGUGUUUUUUUCUCCUGACAUUGUUUGAGACAAGACUAGAUUCAUAUUUUAAGAGUCCUGGAGAAACGUUUUGUUAUUAUCUUCUCGUACGCUAUUUAAUGGUUUAAUUAAUAAACAAGACUGGAGUUUGUUUUUGGGAGAGCUCUGGUUCCCGAGUUUUUCCGCGGCGGACUAGGACAGGGCGGCUAAGAACAAUGUUAUCAAAGGUUCUGACGUAAAUACAGGCAGCUGAAGCCAUGUAUAUUAUGGACUCCAAUGCCGAGGAAGCCGGUGCUGGACUAACGGGCCAUGUGUCCACUGUCCAAAUGCUCACCUUGCACCGUGAGCUACUGGUUUCCCAGGUGAAGAGCACGCAGUGCAUUAUGGAUAACCUCCUACAAAGUGGUUUUCUGUGUAUCGAGGAUGCAGAAAUGAUCCAGCGCGCAGCCACCAAGACUGACCAGGUGCGUAAAAUCCUGGAAUUGGUCCAAAGCAAAGGGGAGCAGGCAUGUGAAUACUUCCUAUAUAUUCUCUACAAAGUUUAUGAUGCAUACAUAGACCUCCAACCAUGGCUUAAAGAGAUCAACUACCAGCCACCAGACUUUAUACGGGACAUACCAGUGAAGAACACAGACCCUAUUAGUAGGUACUGUGAGAAGCUGAGGCACGAGCUGGGCCGAGACACACGCUUCAUUGCCUCCUACGCCCAGCGAGAGGAAACCCUGCUGGAGGAGCUCUAUACAGACACCCUGAUGGAGCUCCUGAAUGACCGCAAUGAGAGCCUGGGCCACCUGGAGGGUCUGGAGCAGCUCCUGGGAGAGCAGGGUGUCUUUAACUCACAGGCAGAGACGGUGCUCAUCACAGGGGACGCUGGGGUGGGCAAGUCCAUCCUCCUUCAGAAGCUCCAGAGGCUGUGGUCCAAGAGGGAGCUGGAACAGGCAGACGCCAUGUUCUUCUUCAAGUUCCGCUGUAGGAUGUUCAGCACAUUCAAGGAGACAGACGAGAUCUCACUGAGGGACCUGCUUUUCAAAUACAACUGCUACCCCGACCAGGAUGCGGAUAAUGAGGUGUUCAGCUACAUCCUCCGCUUCCCUGAAAAGGUUCUCUUUACAUUUGAUGGCUAUGAUGAGAUCCAGGCUGAUCUGGACCUGGUGAAUGAGCCUGAGGUGGUUUCUCCAGAGGAGAGGACUCACCCCCUUCUGGUGCUCAUGAACCUGCUCUGUGGGAAGCUGCUCAAUGGUUCCCGGAAGGUCCUGACGGCUCGGACAGGCACCGAGGUCCAGAGCAGGGUGAUCCGGAAGAGGGUGGCGCUGCGUGGGUUCUCUCCGGCCCACCUUCAGACCUACACCAACCUGCACUUCAAGGAGCAGGAGCACCGGGACCUGGUCUCAGUCCAGCUGGAUGCCAGCCCCCACCUCUGUGGCCUCUGCUCCAUCCCCCUCUUCUGCUGGAUCGUCUUCAAGAGCUUUAAACACCUGCGCUCAGUCUAUGACGACUUUGAGUUGCCAGAGGCUUGCGUGACCCUCACUAAUAUAUUCCUCCUGCUGUCUGAAGUCUUCUUCAGCCGGAGGGCCACUCCCCCACCUGUCCUCCUGAAGAGAAACACCAGGUGCCCCGCUGAUACCUUCAGGGCAGGGCUGAGGCCGCUGACAGCCUUCUCCAAGCUGGCUCUGCUGGGCAUGGAGAGAGGAGGCUUUGUGUUCGACCAGGAGGAGGUGGCCUCCUGUGGCCUGACUGAGGAGGACCUUCAGGUGGGUUUCCUCCGACCGGUCAGCCACUACGAUGCCUGUGAAAACCCUUCCACCUUUGAGUUCCUUCACCUCACCCUGCAGUCCUUCUUGGCUGCAUUCUCCCUGGUUCUGGACGAACAGGCCAGCGUAGGAAACAUCCUCAAGUUCUUCACUGAGUGCAGCAGGAGGGUCAACACUUCUUGUUUAUCGUGUGUCGUCCACUGCAUCGGUGGCUCCUCCAAACCCAGGGGAAAGGACCCGUUCAAGACCAACGAGCAUCUCCAAUAUGCCAACCUUUUCCUGUGUGGACUGCUGUCUAAGACCAACGCCGGCUUGCUGGAGCACAUGGUUCCUGCAGCGCUACUGAAGAGAAAGCGGGCGGUCCUCAAGUCCUACCUGUCCACCAGCGUGAGGUCCCACCUUCGCGGUUUGCCACUCUACAGCACAGAGCAGGAGGGCAGCAAGGUGCAUGUCCUGCCCAACUUCCUGUGGAUGCUGCGCUGCAUCUUCGAGACAGGAAGUAAAGAGGUGGCCCAGCUGACUGCGAAGGGCAUCACAGCUGACUACAUCAAGCUGGGCUACUGUAAUGUGUUCUCUGGCGACUGCAGUGCCAUCAACUUUGUGCUGCAGCACCGGCGGAAGAGGCUAGGGGUGGACAUGGACAACAACAACAUCAGUGACUAUGGGGUCAAGCAGCUCAGGCCUUCAUUCAGUAAGAUGACCGUGGUGAGAUUGUGUGUCAAUCAGAUCUCAGACAGCAGCAUUGAGGUACUGGCUGAGGAGCUUAUCAAACACAGAGUGGUGGAGGUUCUGGGGCUUGGCAGCAACAAGUUCACAAGUGUGGGUGGCAGGUAUCUGGCCAGUGCCAUUCAGAAGAGCACAUCUAUCUUUGACGUGGGAAUGUGGGGGAACAGCAUUGGUGAUGAAGGAGCAAGAGCAUUCGCAGAGGCCCUGAGGAAUCACCCAAGUCUUACCAACCUCAGCCUCUCAGCCAAUGGCAUCACUUCAGAAGGUGGGAGGAGCUUGGCCGAAGCACUGAAAUGCAACACAAUGCUCAGAAUCUUCUGGUUGGUGCAAAAUGAGUUGUCAGAUGAUGUAGCACCAGACAUGGCCGAACUGAUCAGAUCCAACACGGGUCUAUCUCACCUCUGGUUAAUCAAUAAUCAGCUGACAGUGGGUGGAAUCAGACAGCUGUCAGAGGCUCUCUCCCACAACACAUCACUCAAAGAGAUCAGUUUGAAAGGAAACUGUCUUUCUGAAGAGGAAGAGAAGCUGUUUGAGGCUGAGGGAAGGCUACGCUUCCACUGAGGAGACAGAACUGAGCUGGAGAGUGUGUAGAUUGGUCUCGUCUGUUACCGAAACGUAGAAGUUCUUUGUGUAUUUUCUUGCAUACUACAUUUGGUAAAUAUUUGAACAUACUGCAUUAGCUAGGUUAUUCUGGCAUAUGGGUAAAAGUCUUGACCCAUAAAAACACUUCCCUCAGUCAUAUUUGUCCAUAAUGAAUCUCUUUGUAUUUAGGGAUUUGAAACCGGAGGUGCCGUUCUCAGAGAGGAAGUCUUUAAUGUAACUUUUUUACUAGCUCGACUUUAGUUUGAAACAAAUCAACUUAUACAGUGAGGGCAAACUGUCCCUUGUUUAAGCACUUUCAGUUAACCACGGAACAUCUUAUCAUUAUGCAAAGCAAAUCCAUUGUUUUAAUCCAGCUUCUACCCCCAAGCCAUAAGACUGCUGAACAAUUAAUCAAAUGGUCACUGGACUAUUACAUUGACACCCCCCCCCCCACCAUUUGUUUUGUACACUGCUGCUACUCGCUGUUUAUUAUCUAUGCAUAGUCACUUCACCCCUACCUAUGUGUACAAAUAACUCUAACCUGUACCCCCGCACACUGACUCGGUACCGGUACCCCCUGUAUAUAGCCUCGUUAUUGUGUUACUUUUUAUCAUUUUUAACUUUAGUUUAUUUGGUAAAUAUUUUCUUAACUCUUCUUGAACUGCACUGUUGGUUAAGGGCUUGUAAGUAAGAAUUUCAUGGUAAGGUCUACACUUGUUGUAUUCGGCACAUGUGACAAAUAAAGUUUGAUUUGAUUUGAAGCUGCUUUUGCUGACCAAAGGAAAUACUUUACUGGUGCUGAAUUACAGUAUUGAAUUUCUCCUGCACCACAACAACAGAGCACUGUGUAAAUAAACUGAAUAAACUGAGCACUGUGUAAAUAAACUGAA